AUGCAAAGGACAGUUGAUAUACCCGACUCUGCAGUAGUCAAGUUAGAGCAAUGUAAGCCUGAUCACGAAGUCAAUGAAGUGGUACCAGAACAUCACAUAGUUCAUUUCAGGAAAACUCUCCUCUACCUAUUAUCCGAAAUUCAAAAAGAAGCACUUGCUUCAUCAGUUAACACUUCCAAGUUCAAUAAUGUAGUAGCUGAUGGGGAAGGCCGACAAUUAAUUUCUGAUGCUGAAGAUGCAGAAGGCAAAACGAUAAAAGCUAAACAAAAAGAAAAAUGUAUGCUGAUUUCAGAAUCAAAUCUGUAUAAGAAGACCCAAAGAGCUGGAAGUGUUUAUAAGCUAUUUAAAAAGAUUAUCGAUCCCGAAACCAAAAAGGAAGUUAUGGGGAUCGGUAUCGAUAAAGUUUAUGGAAUUUCGUAUGGAGAAAGUGAUGAACGUAGUGACAGAUUUAGCCUUAAUAGUUCAGCGCUCUGUCCUAUAUACAAUAGAGAUCAUAAAGAAAAAACUAUAGUAAAGGGUGAAUGGGGUUCUGAUGAACUUCAUCAUGGAAUCCCAAUAGUAAAUGUGAAAGCAUAG